AUGUCGCUGACGGCGUCGUUACUCUCGGAAACCACCGCUCUGACAUGGGUGGCAAUCGGGGUGUUGGCCGAACUGAUUGGUGAUUUGGACCGUGCAAUUCUGGCGUUUGACUCUGCGUUACGCCAUGUACCCAACAACUUCGAGGUGAUUGUGAAGUUGGCAAAUAUUUAUCGCCUGAAGGACGUGUUUUUCAAAGCAGCUGAGCUUUAUGAACAAGCACUUAACUUUAACCAGGAGAAUGGUGAAACCUGGGGUCUUUUGGGCCACUGUUACUUGAUGCUUGAUGACUUGCCUCGUGCCUACGCCGCAUAUCAGAGAGCGUUGCAUUACUUGGACAACCCCAAUGUCCCCAAGUUGUGGCACGGUAUCGGUAUCUUGUAUGAUCGUUACGGUUCGUUGGACUACGCCGAAGAAGCCUUCGUCAGAGUGCUCGAGCUCGAUCCUAAUUUCGAUAAGCUGAAUGAAAUUUAUUUCCGAUUGGGGAUCAUCUACAAGCACCAAGGUAAAUUGAAGCUGGCGCUUGAAUGUUUCCAAUACAUUUUGAAUAACCCUCCUUUUCCCCUCACUCAACCUGAUGUAUGGUUUCAGAUUGGGCUGGUCUUGGAACAACAAAAGGAUUGGAAUGGCGCCAAAGAGGCCUACGAAAAGGUAUUGCAAGUUAACCCUCAGCAUGCCAAAGUAUUACAACAAUUGGGUUGUUUAUACUCGCAAGCAGAAUCACAACCGGCUACUCCUGGUCCGGGUCUGGCUCAAGGAGGUCAACCGUUCCAACAGGAUUUGAAUGUUGCUUUACAAUACUUGACUCAACUGUUGGAUAUUGAUUCAAGCGACGCUCACUCUUGGUACUACUUGGGUCGGGUGCACAUGAUUAGGGGUGAUUUCAACGCCGCCUAUGAAGCCUUUCAACAAGCAGUCAACCGUGAUCUGCGGAAUCCCACGUUCUGGUGCUCAAUUGGUGUUCUUUACUAUCAAAUUUCGCAAUACCGCGAUGCUUUGGACGCUUACACAAGGGCAAUCCGUCUCAACCCGUACAUCUCGGAAGUGUGGUAUGAUUUGGGCACGUUAUACGAAACGUGCAACAACCAGAUUUCUGAUGCGUUGGAUGCCUACACUCAAGCUGAGCGUUUAGAUCCAGGUAACCCUCACAUCAAAGCUCGUUUGGAACAAUUGAUCAAAUACCAACAAGAAGGGAACACGCACCCCCCUCAACCGCCUCCCGUGAGUCAACAACCUCGUUUGCCUCAAGGUAUGGUGUUAGAGCUGAACCAACAACAACCUCAACAACAGGGCGGGGGUCCAUUGCAACCUCCUCAGCAGCCGCAAUUCCCUCCUCCCGCAGCGCCAGCUCAACACUCGUUGCCGCAACCUCCUCAACGACCUGCUCAACAACCUCAACCUUCUCAGCAGUCCCAACCCCAUCAACCGCCCCAGCAGCCCCAACACUUGCCUAACCCCGUUGUCAACCAGAACCCUCCCCAACAACAACGACCCCAACCCCCUCAACAUGCUCCUCAACCUUUGCCUCAACCAGUUGUGUCGCACCCUCCUCCUCAAGCGCAAGAACAACCGAAGGCUGAACCUCCCAAGCUUCCCGUUAUUGCUGCUAAAGUGAAUGAGUCGGUCCCUCAACACCAGCAACCAACCGUACUUCCCCCUGCUGGUAACCAAUUGAAGCGUGAGCUUGACGAUAAGGUUGAUGACAAAUCAGUGAAGAAGCCAAUGACGAACUCAAUGGCCGCUCUCAUGAACGCUGCUGAAGCGGCUCAACCGACUCCUCCUCCGCAGAUCCGACAACCUCCCGCUCCCGAGGCUCCGCAGCCGCUGGCUUCUGCCGUGGAUCAACAAACCUCGGGUGCCCCCACUCCCACGAUCCCUCCAAUUGCUAACGUGGCAGCUCCUCAAGCUCCUCAAGUGCCUACCGUUGCGCCAGUCGCCCAGAUUGUGUCGACGCCUUCGGCAGCACCUGUGGCGCAAUCACCGUCCGUCGCUCCCUCUGCUGCUCCUAGAACUCCUGCUGCCCCCGCUGCCGCCCCCGCUGCCGCCCCGACAGCAGCUCCGGCGGUUGCUCCCUCGGUGGCCCCAGCAACUGCAGCAGCCCCCACUUCAGCCCCAGCGGCUCCCGUCGUUGCACCGGCUGCUCCGGGUACCCCUGCUGCGCCCGCCGUGCCAGCGGCUACGCUUGGAAAUGAGCGAAGCAAAACUCCCAACGCUACUUCCCCUUCUCCUGCUGUGGCUCUGGCGGCGCCAGCCGCUCCAGCUGCACCCGCUGAAGCUGUAGCCAACGGGACUGGCAAUACGAACGAUGAAAAGCAGGAGGAUGAAGAAGAAAAAGCUCAAGAGCCCGUUGAACCUCCCAUGCGUAAAGUCGAAGAGGACGAAAAUUAUGACGAUGAAUAA